UGGUACUGGUAUGUUGGGUAUCCCCUCCCAAGGUGCAUGACUUUACAUUUUUAUUUUUCUUCACUGAAUUGUAGCAGCCACUUUUUGUUCCAUUCCUGUAGCUUGGUGAUGUCUUCUUGUAGGAAAUCCGCAGUCAAGAGGUUAAGAGACAUACAUGAGAGGGAGGGCUGUUGCAGAGUUUGGUAGAAGAAAUGAAUGAAAGAAUGAAAAUACCGGCCAAUUCUUGCAUUAGGAAAUAGAAAGCAUAUGAAUGAGCUUGAGUAGAAAAAGACUUAUGCUGUGUAAAUCUCGUGCCAAAAGAGAUUAUGUUAUGAGGUGACUAUGUAUUAAUUACAAAAAAUAACAUGAGUGAGCUGACACACUUGAGAUGAAGGAAGGGAGUUGGUUAUCACAAGGAGCUGCUGAUAACAUUGGUGAUAAUCUUUGCCCUUUAACUUCCUUGAUAAGAGCCGCAAGGUGUGAGUUUUACAAAUGUUCCGUCCACAGGCUCAAGGAGGUGUUUUGUGGGUGUGUUCAGAGGGCCAGUGUGUUGCGAGUGAGGUUAAGUAUGGGGGGUGGCAGCUUGUUGUCAUGGUGUGUGAGGUGCCUGGGUGUAGGGGCGCCUGGACAGACCAUCUCUCAGCACCCUCUCGCAUCAUCCCAGACCAGGAUUCAUCGCACUGUGUCAACAUCCAGAGGACAAGACUCUGAUGAAAGUGAAGGAGAGGAGGAUGAGGAGGAGGAUGACGAAGAGAGUUUCGUGCACAAGUGUCCGCCAGGCCCAGCCACUCCCCUGCUGCACCCCCCUCCUGUGCCUCCCACUGUGCCUGUCCGGGUCCAGCCUCGUUCCGUUCCACUGCACCGCCCAGUUCCUCACUCCCCUGGUCAGUGGCCACCAGGUCCCUGCAACGAGGCACACCGCGACUCCUUGGACUCCUCCCCAGGGCCUGCGUCUCCCCCAGCCUCCCCUACCACCACCACCUCCCGCAGCAACAGCCCCGCCAGCAGCACCUGUGGAAGUCAGCUCAGCCUGCACAGCCAAUUCAGCCAACACAGCCGACUUUCUGCUCUUCUCCCUCCUGAUGACAACAGCGGCCAGUCUCUUGGUGAGGACAGGACACCAAAGCGACAGAUCAGGUUCAUGACCCCGGAGGAGGCUGCCAGGCCGCCCCAAGAGCCCCCGGCAACUCGCGUUGUAGAGUUCCCCCAAAGUGGUAAGAGUGGGUUGGCGCGAGGGGGUGACAUGCUGCGUUCCCUGUUCGGCAUGGAGGACCCUGUGAGCUACGCUGGGCAGUAUGCUCUCCACGGCAGCUCCAAGCCCGUCAAGAUUCGUAGCUACACCACCCUGCACGCCAUAUCCAGCUACCAUGGUCGUGCUGAGACCAGUAGCACUCCGUCCCGGUACUCCUUCGGCAAGCUUGAGUUGGCGCUGAGGUACCGGACUUCAGAACACAUGCUGGACGUCCGUGUGAAUCAAAUUACGCAACUUCCGCCUGGCAAGAAAGACCUCAAACUGGACUUGUGUGUCAGUGUGACACCCGGUAAGAAGGAGAAGUGGGUGAAGGGAGUGUCGGCAGGACCCAGGCAGGCGGAUGACACCCAGGCACACUCCGGCUCUAUCAAGCUCCGUAAGGUCUCCAAGCGUUGUCUGGUCAUCUCAGUGUACCAACCCGGCCUUCGUUCCCACCCUUACCUCGCCCUGGGGCAUGGCAUCGUAGCCAACUUGGGAGCCCAGCCGCUUGAGGAAGGGUGGCAGCCGUGCACGUUACAGCUGCGACAGGGGUGGCAGGUUCAGGAUCAUCUAGGUAUGGCGCUGGUGGCCCUCUCAUGCUGUGAGAGAGAGCGUGGGUACCUUACCUUCACUGUGGAUGUGCUGCAGAUGAAGAAAAUGAAGGUGCUACGUCUGGGGAGCAAAAUUGCCUCCUCCUUCAAGACAAAGGUGGUAGUGCAAGUGGUGGCAGUGGUGGUGACUGAGGGCAGCCGCGCCAGGAAGGAGGAGCUGGGCGGCACCACCCUGGAGGUCCCCAGAGACAGCAGUGAGAAGAGCUGGGAGGGCAUCUUCAAGAACACCUGCUCCCACACCUUCUCUGUGCCCAAGAGCAAGGUGAUGGCCUCCUGCGCUGUGCUGGAGAUGCAUGGCCGCGCCCGACAUGGUGUAACGUUCAGCGAGGCCCUGCUGGGUAAGGUGAUCCUGGGCCCAGAGGAACUGUUUGGCGGCGAGGACCAAGGCCGCCCCAUGCCGGGUGCUCCUCAGUCUGCCAUCACAGUGCCCGGGGACCCCAUGGACGCCCGCCUCACACACUGGGGCCUCUCCAUCAGACGCAAGGCGAGGAUAGAGAUGUGGCACCGCCUGCAGAUCUGACCAAGAGUGUGCCCCCCCUCCCCCCCGAUCCCCUUGGGCAGGCCAGGGUGAGCUGCUGUUGCUGUUGGUCCUUACUAACACUUGAGCCUCACGCUGAAGGAAGGGACAACUUUCAAAGCAAGGAACAGUCUUCAUUCUUGAAACCAGGAAAUUAAAAAAAAAUAGGUUGAUAUCUGGAGUGUAGGAAAUGGUAAAAAAAAACUUGAUAAUGAACUUCUGUAAAUAUUUAUGAGUGAAUGCUAACAACUCUUGAGUCAGGUCAUUGGAGGAUUGGUUAACAUUCACACACAAAUAUUUCCACAAUUACAGUAGGAGUUCAUUGAUCAUUUUCUGCACUCCAGAUAUCAACCUUUUUCUGAGUUAUAAUUUCCUGUUUUCAAGAAUUCAGUGUUCUUUACUGACUUGCUUUUCCAUGAACAGUUGAACUUUUGCUGUCCACUUGUUGGCCCCUGCAUGGGUUACUUGUUACAGGGUGUAGUUCAUGCAGUAUUCAAGUGGCUGUAAUAAUCCUCACAGGGACUUUGGUAAUGUAACUAACAACACAGUUUGAUGGUAUUGAAUUGCAGUGGUUGGAAUAUUUAGAGUAUCACUAUUAUGCCCAAAUUCAUCUCCUUUGUCCUCGUACCUCACCCAUGUCAGUCACCUUGCCCAUUGAAAGGCUUGUGUCAGACUGUCAUACAAGCAUAACUGGUAGAACCUCAUGUUGGGGGAGUCUGAGAGCACAUGACUAUAACAUAUCUUUAUUGAUUAUAUGGCUUUAAAAUACACCUACAGUAUACACAUUUACAAUACUUAUUACUCUAUCUACUCAUAUUUUUUCUCAGUAAACAUAUGAAAUUAUA